AUGGCGGCGCCGGGAGCCGUUGGAACGCCAAGGGGACGCGGCUGGACUCGACUGCGGCGGCGGCCGCCCGUGGGGCGCGCGGCGAGGGCGGUGCGGGGAGGUGCGGGCGCGGCGCCGGCUCGUCCUCGCCUCGGAUCGCGGAGUCUCUGCGCGUCGCCGCCGCCCACAGCCGGCCGCGCCGACCCCGGCCCACGCCGGCCACCUCCAGGCAGAACACCUGGGGCUGCCCUAUGCUUCCAGGGUUUCCGUCCGUCCUCAGCCUUCGUCCUUCCCAAAGACCCUCCUUACCUCCUCCCCCUCCCCGGACUCAGAAGGACCCCCAGGACGCCGGCGAAGGAGAAAACCCCGCCCAGCCUGCUACGUUGGAGGUGGCCUCUUCCCGGGCCCGUCCGCCGCCUGCUAAGGGUGCCCCCACCACCCUCGCUGCAGCGCCCCCCGCAAGCGUCCCUCCUCCCCACCUUCCUGGCUCCGGAGAAGACAUUCAGGGCAGAAAGAGCCCAGAGACGCCGGUCACCUGCCUGCCCCUCCCUCCCGGGCCGACAGCCCCGCCCCAGCGGACGCAGGCUUAAAAGCGCCGGGCCGAGCCCACCCGGGCGUGACGCCCCUCCCCGCUCCCGCCGCCCGCCCAAGCCGCACCCACUGGAGGGCGGUGCGCCCGGGCCUAGUCCUCGGGCGGCCGGCGCAGCGGCUUUAAGCGGGGGCGGGACUGCGCGCCGCGCGGCGCGACGGAGACCGGGACUCGGCCGGGGGCCUCUGCGGGCCGGGGCUGCGGGCGGCCGGCCGCCGAGGUCGGGGCUGGGCGAACUCAUGGACAUGAUACUUUUCUCUUGAGAAACUAACUCAAAAGAAAAAUGGCAUUUGUUGCAACACAAGGGGCCACGGUGGUUGACCAAACCACUCUGAUGAAAAAAUAUCUUCAGUUUGUGGCAGCUCUCACGGAUGUAAACACAC